AUGGCCACCCAAAACGGCGUGCAGCACAUACCCAGCACGUCCACCAACGCCACCACCUUGGCCGGACAACCCGCAUCAGCACCACAAGGCAUCUUCAACGAACCGCAAGAAAGCCACGAUGACAGCGAUAGCUACCUCGACAAAGGCGGGAACGAGAAGGCGGAGAGUCUGGAGGAUCUGAACCGCACCGAGACUCGCAGUUAUGAUCUCUUUGAGGAUGGAGAGGAGGCGGCGUUUGUUGAGCAGCUACGGUCGAAGCCGAGUAUUUUACAGAGGAGCAGCACGUUCGCCUCUAGCGAUAUUCAGCGCAAACGCACAAACGCCAGCAGUGCCCUCGAACGGCAGGACACGAUUGCUGGAAAAGAGCUCGACGACGAGAUCUUCGAUCCCAACUCCCCGAAAUUCGACCUCCACGCCUACAUCCGCAUGACGCUGAAGAUCCUGGACGACGAGGACAUCAAGACCAAGCGAGCUGGGGCGGUGAUGAAGAAUGUGAGCGUCAGCGGAAGCGGAUCUGCUCUCAAUCUCCAGCCUACGGUCGGCUCCAUGCUCCUGCAACCCUUCCGUCUCAAGGAGAUCAUUCCAGGCCGGACGCCUCACAAGAGGAUCCUGAGAAACUUUCAGGCCCUCAUCCGCGGUGGUGAAAUGCUUAUAGUGCUCGGCCGCCCAGGCUCUGGCUGCUCGACUUUCCUCAAGACGCUUACAGGAGAGCUGCAUGGCCUGGAUCUCGACAAAGAGUCAAAGAUACACUACAACGGUAUUGAGCGGGAGCAGAUGGUCAAGGAAUUCCGAGGCGAAUUGGUCUAUGCUGGCGAGGUAGAUCAACAUUUCCCUCACCUUACAGUAGGCGAGACCCUCGAACAUGCGGCCGCUUGCCGUCUGCCCCAAAAUCGCGCGAUGGGCAUCUCCCGCGCUGAGCUUGUGAGACAUCUCACACAAGUGGUGAUGGCGGUGUACGGCCUCAGCCACACCUAUAACACCAAAGUUGGCGACGAUUUUGUCAGAGGCGUGUCCGGCGGUGAGAGAAAGCGAGUCACCAUUGCAGAGAUGGCUCUCGCCGGCUCUCCUCUUGCGGCCUGGGAUAACAGCACAAGAGGCCUGGACUCCGCCACGGCGCUCAAAUUCACCAGGUCUCUGCGCCAAUCUGCUUCGCUCGUGGGCUCCAGCCAUGCUGUGGCGAUCUACCAGGCUUCUCAAGCCAUCUACGAUCUCUUCGAUCAGGCUGUCGUGCUGUAUGAGGGACGGGAGAUCUACUUCGGGCCGUGCUCGGAGGCCAAGAAAUACUUCGAGGAUAUGGGCUGGUUCUGUCCACCAAGACAGACGACUGGUGACUUCCUUACUUCUAUCACGAAUCCAUCCGAGAGGCAGGCGAAGGAGGGCUGUGAGGACAAGGUGCCCAGAACGCCGGACGAGUUCGAAGCCUUUUGGCGCAAGUCCCAAGCCUACGAGGACCUGCAACGCCGCAUCAAAGAGUACGAGCAAGAAUUCCCACCCGGCAACUCCGACGAACUCAACGCCCUCCGCGAGCGCAAGCACGACCAGCAGGCCCAACACGUCCGGAAGGGCUCUCCAUACGUCAUCUCCGUUCCCAUGCAGAUCCGCUUAAAUACCAGGCGCGCGUGGCACCGCAUUUGGAAUGAUAAGGCGUCUACGUUUACCCCCCUCAUUGGAAAUUGUAUUAUGGCUCUGAUAAUCGGGAGCGUCUUUUACGGUACCCCCAACGCGAGCGCUGGGUUUCAAAGUUUUGGCGCCGUACUGUUCUUCGCCGUGCUUAUUAAUGCACUCACCGCCAUCAGCGAGAUCAGCUCCCUCUAUGCGCAGCGUCCGAUCGUCGAAAAACAGAAGAGCUAUGCCUUUACACAUCCUGCCACCGAGGCAAUCUCAGGCAUUGUUAUGGAUGUCCCCCUCAAAUUCGCUCAGGCAGUUGUGUUCAACGUCAUCCUCUACUUCAUGACGAACCUCCGCCGCGAACCUUCACAGUUCUUUAUCUUCUUCAUGAUCGUCUACCUCAUGACCUUCACGAUGAGUGCGUUGUUCAGAACGAUGGCUGCCGUGACGAAGACGGUAUCACAAGCCAUGACUUUGGCCGGCAUACUCGUCCUCAUAUUGGUCAUUUACACAGGCGAGUCUUGA